AUGUAUCAAUACUCAGUUCCACCACCAGGAUAUGUCAGAUAUGACUACACAACUUCAGCUUCUACCUCACCUUCAGGCUCACCAUCACCAGAGGCAGCCUAUACCUACUACAUCCCACCGCAAUACAAGUCGCCACCACCGACCAAGGACUACAAGAAACAUUCAAGAUCCCAAAGCUAUAGUACCCCUAAGCGACCAGGUGGAUGGCACGCUCCUGCAGAGUUCCCAUCGUCAAGCUAUUACGCAAGGCAACCAGACUUCGCGUCGCCACCUGCCAAAUACCAGGAGCAUGUGAGUAGUAGAACCUUCUCGCGUGCGCCACCCAAACCACAGGCUCGCCGCGAUUCCGCAACCGCCGAUCCCCGUGGCGGGGGCAAUUGGACAGGCAGCCAUAGCUACAAUGAUCAGUUUGGGCACAGAGGGGAGACCAGGCCGCAACGCCACGCGUCUACGCGAUCACCGCAGCAGAAACAGCAUAUCAUUAUUGAUACGUCUGACUCAGCCGAUGACUCGCCAACAUUCACAUACAUCAAGCCUCGCAAGCCUGAGAAGCAAUUACCCAAGCCGAAGAAGACUAACAAUCACUUUUUCUUUACUCAGGCACCUCGCAAUGACUCACAGCAAAAAUCCUCCACCCGCCGCGCGUCAGCCGCACGACCCUCAAGCUCCAACAAACCUGCAAAACAAGUGGAUCCGCCACGCCAGGCAACACCGGCUGACGCACUCAAGCAUCGCAUACCGGCCGGCUACUCGUUGAAGAACUGGGACCCAGAUGAGGCGCCUGUGAUGCUUCUCGGUAGCGUCUUUGACGCUAACUCGCUCGGCAAGUGGAUCUAUGAUUGGACCGUGUAUCACCAUGGUGCCUCUACUCCGAUGUCCGAGGUUGCUGGCGAUAUGUGGCUCUUACUCAUCAAGCUCGCUCACAAGAUGAAACGAGCUGAUGCAAUACUGCCUAAGGUUGAAGACGAUAACGAUUACGACCUAGUCGAAGAAUUCCUUGACAGUGGGGAUAGACUCUGGCAUAAGUUGAAGAAGCUUUUGAAACAGUGUGAAGAAUUUAUGUGGAAGGUAGCGAAGAAGGAGGGCGAGAAGGAUGGAGGAGCAAAGGGGAGUUACAAGAUGGGAAAGAAUAGCGGUUGCGAAUUUGUCGACUCGAUGUUCGGUCGCGACCGGAUGCUUGAAGACACGGAAGAUAUGAUGCAGAGGAUCCGUCUUUGGAAUAUGCGCUUCGAUGCGAAUUGUGAAGACGUGAUCAGGAACCCACGGGGUUAG